UCUCGACUCGGCCACCACCGCCGCUCCCAACCGCCGCCGCCGGCCGACGAGGAGAGGCCAGGAUGUUCUUCCACAUCGUCCUGGAGCGGAACAUGCAGCUGCACCCGCGCCACUUCGGCCCGCACCUCCGCGACAAGCUGGUCGCCAAGCUCAUGAAGGACGUCGAGGGCACCUGCAGCGGGCGGCACGGGUUCGUGGUGGCGAUCACGGGGGUGGAGGAGGUCGGGAAGGGGCUCAUCCGGGAGGGCACGGGCUUCGUCACCUUCCCCGUCAAGUACCAGUGCGUCGUCUUCCGGCCCUUCAAGGGCGAGAUCCUCGAGGCUGUCGUCACCAUGGUCAACAAGAUGGGGUUCUUCGCAGAGGCUGGGCCUAUUCAGAUCUUCGUGUCAAAUCAUCUGAUUCCUGAUGAUAUGGAGUUCCAAUCUGGUGAUGUGCCAAACUACACAACUUCUGAUGGAUCGUGCCUCUGAAUCCACGAUGGGAGUUGAGUCAAAACCAGAUGAAGCUUGGGUGAAGAGAACAAGAAAAGAUGAUGGCUCCAUGGUUUUGUACAGGAUGCCAAAAAUGUUAGGGAUUCAUCCGUCCAGACUGCAGUAAACCCUGUUCCAGGAGUUACCUGUUGUGAACCUGAAUGGGUCCUCUUUAUAUACAUAGCUAUUGUUUUUAUCGAGGUGGUACAUAGCUGUUGUUAUCUCCGAAGCAUCUAUAAGUACAUCUUUCAGUAUAUUUUCCUAUUUUUGAUUCA